GACAUGUUUCUGCAGGACCGCAGGCCACUGGCUGGCGCAUAGCACAGGCUUGUGGUGGGCUGUUUGUCUGUGUGAAACUGGCAUGGCCUGCCGUUCCCCUGCAUCUGUUCCCCAUUAGCAGAGCCGAGAGUAUAAAGCAGGGAGCUGACAGGGGCUGGGAACACUCGAGUUCCUGACUGGAUCAUGGGGUUUACUAUCUGGCUGUGCGUGCUCUGCCUGCAGGCAAGCCUGCUGUCACAUGCCCUCGACUGCUCAGGAGCAACACAGGGAGAACUGUGUGUCAGCAGACAGACCGCAGACGGACAGUAUGAUGAUCAGAAGCAGCAGAGGGCGCUACCCUUAACUGAAGGACAGGUUUUGUUCAGACCUAAGAGACAGUUGGAGCGGAGGGGUCCCACCCACCUGAGCCACUCCAGCCAGCCUGGGGCCGUCUCUGUCAAAGGCUUCCCUAAUACUCUCAUCCAGCAGGCUGAUAGGUCCAGACGACACUUGAUUCAAGCUGCGAAUAAGAAAAAGAACAAGCAAAAAUCCCGCGCCGGCUCCUUCUCCCUCCUUAUCAGUGACAAAAAAUCCAACCCCCUAAAGGUGACUAGAGCGAGGAGACAGGUAAAGACCGAGCCACCCAAGAGGGGGAAGACAGGUCGUUCUGGGGCUUUCUCUGUCCUGGGAGAUCCACAGAAUGAUGGAGAGAACGACAGACCCAAAAGAAGCAUACAGAAGAUGAGUGCUGCAAAAUAAAAUGUUCUUUCAGAUUUGGCAAAGCCUAACAAAAUGUGCGCACAGUACAAAUGUGUCCUUUUUCCAAAAAAACCUUGGUGUGAAAAUCUGACAUUUGGAAUAAGAACAUCUGGGUUUGGUUUGAGUAGUUUUGAUGUGCGUGUCCAACAUGGCUGUUUCAACUGUAAGCGAGCUUACUUUCAUCAGCCAGUCUGAUACUGAUACAUUUUAUAUACUUUUUAAGUUUCUAAUAUAUUCCUGCAUGUUAUAAAAUCACGUCUCAAAAGAUGCCAUAUUAAUAUUCUAGUUUGCCAUUUUGUUGUAACCUAUUUAAUCACAGAUUCCUUAUGAAGAUUGGGGGUAUAUUUUUGCAGAAAUAUUUCUUGUGUUGUUGUAUCAGAUUUCAAUAAAGGUUUAGUGGAGA